AGCGGGCUGCUCGCUCCCCAGACAGGCCAAUGGCGCUGGCUCGCCUGCUGGGAGUGGCUGCGGUGCGGCUGUCGCCGCUAACGGCUCGCGUGGCGCCCGGCACCGGUCCGCUUCGGCGCUGGCUCUUCACGGCGCCGCCGCGCCUGCGCAGUGGCAAGCUCGGCGCGUCGCGGUUCGCGCCGCAAGAGAUGCGGCGGCUCAUGGCGCUGGCUCGGCCGGAACGCUGGAGGAUCGGAGGUGCCGUGGGCCUGCUGCUGGUCUCCAGCGCCGUGACCAUGACGGUGCCGUUUGCCAUCGGCCGCGUGGUGGACAUCAUCUACCAGGAGGAGGCAGACACUGCCCGGCAGCGGCUCAUCACCAUCUGCCUGGCGCUGGGUGGCGUCUUCAUCGUCGGCGCCGCCGCCAACUGCGGCCGAGUCUACCUCAUGGGCAUCUCAGGCGCCCGGAUCGCGCAGCAGCUGCGCGUCUCCGUGUUCGGCGCCCUGCUGCGCCAGGAGGUGGCCUUCUUCGACCGCAGCCGGACGGGCGAGCUGGUGAACCGGCUGUCGGCCGACACGGCGCUCGUCAGUCAGUCGGUCACCAUGAACAUCUCGGACGGCCUGCGCGCCACCGCCAUGGCCUCCGCCAGCGUCUCCAUGAUGUUUUACGUGUCGACGAAGCUGGCGCUGGUGGGACUGAGUAUCGUGCCGCCGGUGGCCAUGGUGGCUGUCGUUUAUGGCCGAUACGUGCGCAGGAUCACGAGAGCCGUCCAGGACGGCCUAGCUGAUGCCAACGCCGUGGCUGAAGAGAAGCUGGCCAAUAUUCGCACAGUGCGCGUGUUCGCGCGCGAGGACCACGAGGCCGAGGGGUACGCUCGCAGCACGCGUGACGUGCUGGCCUUGUGUCAGCGCGAGACGUUGGCACGGGCCGGCUUCUUUGGAAUGACGGGGCUCAGCGGCAACAGCGUGAUCCUGGCCGUGCUCUACUACGGCGGCUCGCUGGUGGGCGCCGGCCAGGUCACGGUCGGUGACCUCUCCGCCUUCCUGCUGUACGCCGCCUACGUGGGCGUGGCCGUCGGCGGCCUCAGCUCGUUUUACUCGGAGCUGCAGCGCGGCCUGGGCGCCAGCACGCGGCUCUGGCAGCUGGUGGACCGGCAGCCGCAGCUACCAUACUCGGGCGGCGCGCGGCCGGCCGCCCUCCGCGGCGACCUGCGGCUGCAGGACGUCACGUUCGCCUACCCCAGUCGGCCCGAUGACCUGGUGUUCCGCGGCCUCAGCCUCAGCGUCACGGAAGGCUCGGUGCUGGCAGUGGUCGGGCCGAGCGGCUCUGGCAAGUCCACGGUGGCCUGGCUGCUGCUGCGGCUGUACGACCCGCUGGAGGGCCGCGUCACACUGGACGGCAACGACGUCCGCGAGCUGGACCCCAUGUGGCUGCGGGACCAGAUCGGCGUCGUCAGCCAGGAGCCCGUGCUGUUCUCCACCUCGAUCCGCGAGAACAUUCUGUACGGCGCCAGCGUGGCCAGCACGGUCACUGAGCAGCAGCUGCGCGACGCCGUCGAACAGGCCAACGCCGCAGAGUUUGUCGAUAGGCUCCAGGACGGUAUGGACACACUGGUCGGUGAGAGGGGCGUGAUGCUGUCCGGAGGUCAGAAGCAGAGGAUCGCUAUAGCCCGUGCCAUACUGAAGAGCCCGCGACUGCUCAUCCUGGACGAGGCCACCAGCGCGCUGGACUCCGAGAGCGAGAGCCUGGUGCAGGAGGCGCUGCAGCGGCUGAUGCGGGGCCGCACCGUCAUCACUAUCGCCCACCGGCUCAGCACCGUGCGGCGCGCUGACGCGAUCGCCGUGCUGAGCGGCGGCGCCGUGGUGGAGCAGGGCUCCUACGACGAGCUCAUGGCCAGGAGUGACGGCGUCUUCCGGCGGCUGGUGGAGCGGCAGACCAUCCAGAGCUGAGAGCUCUCCAGAGCUGCUGGUCAGGAGUGACGGCGUGUUCCGGCGGCUGGUGGAGC